AAAAAAAAAAAAUUUUUUUGUUAAUUUAUUAUAAUUUUUAAUGUUGAAUUUGUAAACUAUAAAUCUUAUCUUUGGAUGUAAAUAAAAGUAUUUACAAAUCACGUGUUUGAUAGUGAUAUCUCUUUUUCAUAUUGUCACGCUUUAUUUGUUAUUGAUGAUAAUUUAUUAAAUAGCUUCUGAAAUGAUAAUCAGUGUUUAGUGAUUUAUUGAAGAGGACACUUUCUUUAUAAAUAUAUAGAAAAUGUCCAAAUUCCUUUUGAUUACUUUUCUUUUAUAUUGCCUAAUAGAAUUAAGUCAAUGUAAAAUUGCACUUGAUGAAAUUGUUUUUGAAGACGAUGAAAUUAAAGAACAAUAUCGCGAUAGUAAACCAAUUCCUUAUUCUCUCGAAGAAACUUUCGACGGAAGUUUCUCAGUCAAGGGUUUCAAUGGGACGUGGAUUUCAUCGACAUCAAUUUUGUAUAAGAAUUCAAAGACAAAAGAUCUUGUUAUAUUUGACGUGAAAACAUUGAAAAACACUGUUUUUCUCAAUUCUUCAACACUGAAAGGAAAUCCCUCAAUUAAUUUGUCACCCGAUGGAUCAUAUUUGUUAGCUGGACAUCUAAUUUCUAAAGGUUACAGAAUAUCAACUUUGAAAAAAUAUCGAGUAUACGAUUUACGUAAAGAGUCAUGGUCGGAAAUUGCAGAUGGUGGAAUAGUAUCCCUUGCUGUAUGGUCCCCUGUUGAGAAUGAUCUCUUUUACGUAAUGAACAAUGAUAUCUAUUGGCGGCAAAUAGUAAAUCAUUCAAUAAAACUUACAAGAUUAACUUUCAAUGGUGUACCCGGAAUAAUUUAUAAUGGAAUUCCAGAUUGGGUUUAUGAAGAGGAAGUUCUCAAAUCAAAUAGUGCAUUGCAAGUGUCUCCUGAUGGGAAAUAUCUUCUAUUUGCAACUUUUAAUGACACGGAAGUAAAAGAUGCCACCUACUCGAUUUAUGGGAAACCUGGAGAACUUGAUAGUCAAUAUCCAUCAAUAAUAAAACUAAAAUACCCAAAGGCUGGUAGUACCAUGCCAACUGUUACAUUAAAUCUAAUCAAUCUAACGAAUAAUAAUUCAUCACUGACAACAUUACAAGCUCCAGUUGACAUCGUAGGAAGAGAGCACUUGUUGUACACUUUCUGUUGGAUGACAAAUAAUACAAUCAUUGUCACGUGGACAAAUAGAAUUCAAAAUAUAUCACAAAUUGUUUCAUAUGAUCUUAAUGGAAAGUCCACAUAUAUUUUGUCAGUGAAUGAAACAAAAGGUUGGUUAAGUCCAUCGGAAUUAUUUUAUCAUCAGGGAUAUUUAAUUUUUCUCACUAAUCAAGAUUCUGGCACUUCUAAUGGUAAAUUUAUGCACGUAACAAGAUUUAAUUUAAAAAUAAAAAAUAAUAAUGCACUUAUUGAUUUAACACCUGGCACAUCAAAUGUAUUGUCAAUUAUUGGAAUUGAUGAAAAUAACAAUAGAGUUUAUUAUUUGGCCACUGCUCCAGAAUCGCCAUCUCAGAGAAAUGUUUAUUCUGUAUCAAUAAGUCAAAAUUUAGCACCAACUUGUCACUCGUGUGAUUAUAAAAGUCCAGAAGGCAGACAAUGUAAAUAUGCGGAUGCAAAAUUUUCUUUAGAUAAAUCAUUUUAUGCAUUGACUUGCACUGGACCAGAUCCGUCGACUACAGUUAUUUAUAAUUCUAAGGGACAUGAAAUGUUCAUGUGGCAAAGUAACCAAGUUUUUAGAACGAAAUUAUCACAGAGAUUACAACCUAUUAUAAAAUAUAUUUCUCUCAUGGUAAAUGGAUACAAAUGUGAGGUCAAAUUAUUUUUACCACCAAAUUUCAAUGAGAAGGAAAAGUAUCCCAUGCUUAUCAAAAUCUACGCUGGACCGAAUUCAGUGAAAGUAGUGGAUGCUUUUUCUCAAGGACUGGAACAUUACAUGACAACGAAUAGAAGUACUAUUUAUGCUUUAAUGGAAGGUCGAGGAAGUGGAAAUAAAGGAAGUAAAAUGCUUUUUGAGAUUUAUAGAGCUUUGGGUACCGUUGAAAUUCAGGAUAUAAUAGACAUAACAAAGAAUUUGCAAGAAAAAUAUUCAUGGAUUGAUGCAAAUAGAACUUCCUUGUGGGGUUGGAGUUACGGUGGUUACGCGACAGGAAUGGUUUUAGCAAAAGAUGUGAAUUCCGUUUUCAAAUGUGGUGUAGCUGUCGCACCUGUGGUUUCUUGGAUUUAUUAUGAUUCUAUUUAUACUGAACGAUAUAUGGGAUUGCCUACUGAUAAUAUGGCUGCUUAUAAUGCAAGCGAUUUAACAAGAUUAGUCGAAGGUAUUCGUGGCAAGGAUUUUCUACUUAUUCAUGGAACUAGCGACGAUAAUGUUCAUUUUCAAAAUGCAAUGGCAUUAGGAAAAGCUCUUGCAAUUAAAGAUGUUCUUUAUCAAGAAGUUGUUUAUCCUGACGAAAAUCAUAGUCUUUCUAAAAUUUCUUCACAUCUCUAUCACACGAUUGACAAAUUUUUAGGAAAGUGUCUCAAAUUAAAUCACAUCUAAUUUUCCUUAAUUAGAAAAAGUUUUCUUUAUGAGAAGUUUAGUGAAAAAAUUUUUAUUUCAUAUUAUUAAUAUUAGUAUAAAAUUUGUAUUAUAUAUUUAAUGUAAUUAUUAAUCGUUCAAUUGAAGAAUAUUAACUAAUAAUUAAUAUUUCUUCAAAAUAUUAAUUAAUGUUUCCUUAUAGAUGUUAAUAUUAAUGUGAUUCAAAGGUGUUAAUUAGUAGAUUAUAUUUAAUUGUAAUGAAGUAAUGUAAAUUUAAUAUAAUACUUGUAGCUUAGGAUUAAAUAAAAAUGAAUAAUUUGCUUUUGACUAGCAAAUAUCCUCGAUCGGCAAUUUGUGGGAAAGAAGAGCAAUAUGGAUUUGAUAUGAAAUAAAUUGUACUUGGUGAUAUUAAUUUCAUUUGAACUUCAUCUGAAAGUCACAGUAUUAAGAGUAAAUGGGAAAGCUAAGAGGAUUAUUUGGCGUGUUCAUUGUUAAUUAAUUGAGAUUCUAAUAUAGUUUAGGCCAUGUUUAUUUGGUACGAGUUGGUAGGAUACAUAAAUUUACAAUCAUUCUUUAUAUACGCAAUAUUUAGUGUGUUUCAAUGCUCUUUACACAAAUUUUUCUUUUCAACAUAUACCCAUAAUAUAGGCAUAUAUUAUUCAAACAUUCCGUUGAUUGAUUUUUUCAAGGCGUACACAAAUUUUUUAUUUAUUUAUUUUUUUUUUUUUAUUAAUUCUACCAGUUUCCAUUAUUUAGACGAAAUAUUAAAAAUGUUCUACAAUGAAAGACGUCAGUUCUCGCAUCGAAUUAAAGGCGUUUAAUAUCAUUUAUAAUUCAUUUUUCUUGUGACUAAAAUUAAUGUUUUCUAUUUCUAUGACAAUAUCUUCUUCUAUAUUUUGACAAUUUACUUCCAAGUAUUUUUUUUUUUUUAAUUUUCAAAUUUCUUUUUCUUGUGACAAAACAUUUUGUUCUUGGCAUUUUGGUGAAAAAAAAUUACUUAUUUUGUAUAUCUCGGAAACAUUCAAUUGAUAUUUAAAUAUAUUAAACAUUAAAUUGGGAUUUGUAUAAUAGAUUUUUUUUUCAUUUGGUUAAAAUAUUUUUUAACAUUUAUAAUUUUAAUAAUAAUUUUGCGUAUAAUAAAAUUUUGUCAAAAUUGUUCAAUACAAUUAAUUUUCUCGCACAAAUAAGGACAAAAUGUUUUGUUAUAUUUUUUUACAGAACGAUAAUUGAAAAAAAAAAUUUAAGGUUCCAAAAAUUUGUGAAUCAGUAUAAAAUAAUACAAGUUUAAUCAAAAUUGAUGAAUUUUCUAUAUAUAGUGAUUAAUUUUAUUGUGCAUAUAAACUCAAAAUGGAUUUUACAAAAAAUUUUCAAAUGUAUUAAUUUAUAAUUACAAUAAAUAAACAGUCAAUAAUUGUAAGAAUUAGGAAAAUUUGAAAAAUAUUUGAAAUUAUAUUUAUAUACUUUCUCGUAUUUUGUAAAAAAAAAUACGUAUCAAUGUUUUUCUCAGUCUUUGAUUAUGUUUUCUGAGUUAUAUUUUAUUAUUGUUUUAACAAAAUAAUAGUAAUAUGUAUAUUUUAAUAUUAUAAAUUCAUAAGGAAUAAACGAAAUGUAAAUAAUAUUUUUAACUCGAAAAAUGUGGUGAAAUAAGUAGAAAGUAAUAAAAUUUUAUAAUAAGUGAAAUUUUAGUCGAUAAAUAAAAAAAAAAUAUUUUUUUUUUUGGGAAGAUAAAUUCUAGAUAAGCUGAUUUUUUCUUAUACAGUUGUUUGGUUGUAAUCAACAUUCAUUGCACAUACUAAUUUCUUACAAUACAUAUAUUUUACUAUUUACAACAGCAAUGUUGCUUUAGAUGAGCUGCAUUACAUUAUCACAAAAUUUCAUUUCUGUUAAUGACUAAUCUCAUUAUGCAUGUUCCAAGGCUAUAAUAAUCUAUUUUGUGAGGAAUGCAUUAUUAUUAAUGGCGGAGUUUGUUCUAAAUGCAAAUUUUGAAUCACAAAUUUUUCUAAUGAUGGAAUUUUAUUAAUUGUGUUAUAAUAAAAUUUUUUUAUUACAAUAUUACACAGAAUACGACUUCUACUAUGUUGUAAAUUGUAUAUUAGCAACUAAAAAAACAUAAUUAAACUAUUUUAUAAUUA